UCGCCAACCAGCAACUACCUCCGCCAAUUGACACAGGCAAGUUUGCGGCAAGCUCCCCGCAGCGGCAGGUACAAACAGCGAGAACGUUUACAUUUCAUAUGGCACAGGAGCGCAUUGCCUACAUAGCCUGUGUUCCGUUGUUUGUUUUCGUCGAUUGGAUCUGAGAGAAGGGUUGAGAUUACGGAAUAGUGUUUCACCACCAUCACCCGUCCCGACGCCAUGGCUGAGAACUCGGCUUCGGAGCAUACUCCCCUCCUCGCGACCGAUCCCCCUUCUCCCGAGACCGUACGAGCAUCGAGGCCCCCUCGAACCGUCACCUUCAACCCCAAUCCCGUCAGCAAAACCAUCGAGCCCGAAGCUGCCUACCAACAACAUGUCCGUGGACAUGCGCCGCAAUCGCACCGCCCGCAUACAAGCACAUCCCCCAUAAGUCCAUCUACCGUCACCACCGGUGGGAUAGGCGGCGGCCCGCCCAUGUUUUCUGCCCUCAACAGCAGACUCCUCCGCCGCAACAGCCAUGGCGGUGUCCCGAGCGGGCACCCUGGUGGCCUGCCACUAGUCGCCGCUGCCGCCGGCUUGCCCAAGAUCGGCCCGCAACGCAGCACCAAGAACGCCCAGAAGCUCAAGCUCCUGCCGACCCCCGAGCACGAGGGGGACAGCGACGAAGAGAGCGGCCGCGAUGUCUACUCCCAGUACACCCGCAUCAAGGACCCAACCGCCCGCCGAGAUGCCGCCCGCCUGGGGAAAGCAGACCGCGACAAGCUCCCGCGCGUCACUGCGUACUGCACGGCGAAUAGAUACCAGAUGGACGGCCUACAGCGCUUCAUGAAGGGGAGGGGGAAAGGAAGGGGGGCGAACCCCAAGCUGAUCGACGAAUGCAUCUACACGCCGUACAGCUACAGCUCCAAGCAGGUGCAGAACGCACGCCAGGCGAGUUUCCUCGAGGUCCAGUCGAACCCAGAAAGACGGCACUCGACAGGGAACCUCCACGACGACAUUCCUAGCGAAUCCAGCCAUUCCGCUCUUGGUAACGGCCUUGCCGAACCCCACGACGCCGCCGCCGACGACAUCCUCAUCCAGGAUAUUCCCGAAGAAGCCCUAGCCGACGAGAUCGUCGAAUUCGACAUCCACGUGCACACGCCCGAGGUCUUCCUCUUUGAGUACGGCGUCGUAGUAAUAUGGGGCAUGUCGGCCACGCAAGAGCAGCGCUUUCUCAAAGAGAUCUCCAAGUUUGAGCUCGAGAAGCUCGCCCCUGACGACGUCGAGACGGAAAAGUUCAACUUCUACUACACCCACGAGUACCAGGCCCGCAUCUACAACGACUUCAUCACCCUCCGCGACAAGGGCAACUACAUGACCAAGCUAGCCAUCUCCCACGCCCUCGCGCAGAGCGUCAAGACCUCCCUCUUCGAAGAGCUCAUCGCGUCGACGAUCGACACGUGCAAGAACAUACCCGCGCAGCUGGCGCUGACGGGCAAGAUCGCGCUGACGCGCAGCGAGAUCAACAUGCAGAUCGGCGAGCUCUUCAUCCUCCGCAUCGGCGUCCACCUCAACGGCUCCGUCCUCGACACCCCCGAGCUCUUCUGGGUCGAGCCCCAGCUCGAGCCCGUCUACCAGGCCGUCCGCAGCUACCUCGAGAUGGACCAGCGCGUCGGUUUGUUGACCGAGCGCCUGGAUGUCAUUGCGGAUCUGUUGGCCGUGCUGAAGGAGCAGUUGAGUCAUGGCCAUGGGGAGAAGUUGGAGUGGAUUGUGAUUAUCCUAAUUGCGGCCGAGAUCGUGGUCGCGCUAGUAAAUAUCGUCGUCGACCUGUGGGUGGGGAUUUGAGGUGUUGGCUUUCCGAGCGUGAAACUCUGGCAUAAGGGACGGCUCUCCCGCCGUUCCCCAAUCCUUGGAGUAUCGCAUCGCAUACCUGGCGUAUUAUAACGUGUGCUCGGAGUUCCGGGCCCUUGGGCUGGCGUUGGUUCGGAAGAUAUCGUUUUGGAGUGGCAAGCAGAUCGGUUCAUCAGCGUCAACUACAUGUACAAUCAACUGUAUUUUUACACGCAGCAUAAAUUGCGGAUAGAGCAGUGCUUCACGGCUUGUGUCCGUGUUGAAUACGAUACCUGGUAUUGGAAUAGUCGUUGAAUGAGCCAGCCCUUUACUCCGAU